CAUGUUCUUUCAAACUCAGUAUUUGUGACUUUAUUUCUCUAAUAUGGCUCAUGCACUCGUUAGAAAGAUAGUUAUUGUUGGAGGAACUGCUCUUAUUAUCGCUUUAGGUGCUCUUCAAAUCAUGAGAUACAGAGAAAAUAAGAGAGAAAAGCUUAAACCAAAACAUCAAUCAGGCAGGGACAGAUUUAAACGUAAUAAGAAAAAAAUAAAUGUCAUCAGCCAACUCAGUGAUUGGUCAGAAGUAAAAGCAGAGUUCCUUCAAGAUGCCAUUAAGUAUAAGGUACUGGGCUUAGAUUGUGAGUGGGUGACAAGAGAUGGAAGGAUGCAGCCUGUAUCUAUGCUACAACUUGCCACUGUGACUGGUCACUGUUGUUUAUUCAGACUACACAUUCUUGAAUGUAUUCCUGCAGACCUGCUUAAUAUACUGGCGGACAAAAGCAUCUUAAAAGUGGGGGUUGCAGUUCUUGAUGAUGGCCUGAAGCUAGGCAGAGGCUACCAGGUGUGUCUGAGGGGCUGUGUCGAUCUUCGGUACCUCACUCAACGACUUAAAGCUUACAAAGGAAGGACUGGACUUGGUUUGAAGGUGCUUGCUAGAGAGUUACUAGGUGUUACAUUAGAGAAAGACAUAAGAACUCGUUGUAGCAACUGGGAGGCAAAGCAACUAUCGGAACAGCAAGUAGAGUAUGCAGCAAUGGACGUUCUAGUAGCGAUUGAUAUCUUUACUGAGCUUGUAUACAGGAAACUUUCACGUCAAGAUAUACCAACAUUUGAUGCAUUCUGGUCUAAAAUGCCACCUUUAUGCCAAGGCCUGGUCGAUGUGAAAUACAAAGAAAAGAAAAGACAAGUUGGUCCACUCUUACCAAAGGCCGAUGAUGCAAGUUCAGAAUCAGAUGAAUCAGAGGAAUCUAGUCCCCUCUUCAAUAGUCCUCAUUCCAACAGUCCUCCCUCCAGGUCCUCUAGCCACACAACCAUAGCCAGCCACAACUCUAGUAAACCACUGGGCAAAGCAUUUAUGCCAAGAACGAAGCCUCUCUACCACAAUUGUCAACUUGAAGCCAUCGAUGGUCAAACUCUAUGCACUUGCGAUAUAAAGAAAGCAGAGUGGUACAUUCUUAAAGGAUUAGGAGAAAAAGUAUGUGAUGAUCCAUUCACCGUAAAGUUGAAUUUUGAGCCAAGUGGGCGCCCAGAAUCUGGCGAGAAUUACUAUCUGGCUGAGAAGUUGAAUAUCUGUGUUGUGUGUGGCAGCGAAGACUCCUAUAUACGCAAAAACAUUAUUCCAAAGGAAUACAGGAAAUAUUUUCCACCAAUCAUGAAGGAGCAUAAGUCACAUGAUAUCUUACUGCUGUGUACAGCGUGUCACGAGAUGUCUGGAAUACACGACUUUCAGCUACGAGAGCGGCUAGCUGCAGAGUGUGAUGCCCCUAUAGGGAGUAUGGAGAAUGUCAAAUACCAACAGGACUCUGAAGUACAGAAAGUCAAGAGCAGUGCAAAGGCGCUGAAGAAUUGCAGAGACCAGAUUCCUCACUACAGAGUGAUUGAACUGGAAGAUAUUAUCAGAGAUUACUACAAUGUUAAACUGAUUGAUGAUGAUAUCUUAACUAAGGCCUUCAAUAUGGAAACAAGAGUUGAAAACAAGGAGUUUGUUCCACAUGGAAAGAAGGUUGUUAAGGCCAAAAUGGAACACGGAGGACUGAUGCAGUUUGAAAAGCUAUGGAGACAGCAUUUUCUCGACUGUAUGAGACCCCAGUUUCUACCAAAACUAUGGUCAGUUGAGCACAACCACGAUAAAAUUAAAAGAAUGGAGUCUCAAUUUAGUCUCAGAGCUCCUGUAACUGUCACGUCGGAAAGUGGUGAUGUAAAUGAUGCUGGUGAUUUGCUCAAACAGAAUGACACAUCCCCACAGCGUUACUAUGGCAAUCAGAAUGAUUUGAAUAAAGUGGACAAUGACCCACUUGGUGCUGAAGCUGUUGAUCCUUCAGUGAAGACCUUUAAUAUAAAAGUUCAAGACAAUAUAAGGUGACACAGCAUUAGGACAUAUAAAAAUGUGAUCCUUUAGAAUAAUCUCUAUUUCGGUUAACAUUUUCCCAAGACAUAUUACUUCAUUAUCAUGAUUAUGAUCUGUAAGUUGGUCAUAAUUAGAUUUUUGCACAAACUUUAUUUUCUGAAAACAUCAAUAAAACAUUUCCCCAAAAAUAAUACACUCAAUCCAAAUGCUAUGUGAGCAUAAGCCGUUGAUCAAUACCUUACAGGGGUCUCCUUACACACAUAUAUUUCUCUACACUUUGUAGGGGGGGGGGGGGGGGCACUCACUUUUAGUGCCACAUCCUCAAAUUUCCAUAUAUUUUGUGUAAAAGGAUUUUUAAAAAAUUAACAGAAAGUGACGUGCAUUUUAUUAAUCGUUAUAAUUAGAACAUAGUAGUUAUAUCCUCUAAUGGAUAUUGACUUCCCGGGGAUACAAUUCGAAAACAUACAACAAAUAUAAAGUAUUUCAAAUAAUUUAUUGAAAGCAAAAUUAAAGUAUGAGUACAGUAAAACCUAUCUUGGUAAACACCUCUCUCUAUUGGACACCUGUCUCUAGUCGACACCCU